AAACUGUUUUGCGUUUAGUGUUAUUGCGUUGUAUAUUGACAAGAGCCUCUAUCUUCUAGUUGUGCACUCAUUUGCGUGGCGGCGGCAGAAAAGCGCUUAUCACCAAGCGCAAGCGUGGUGAAUUGCACAGAGCUGCAAAACGCUAAAACAAAAAAUGUCACCAGCAACACCAUUUUGGAGGUGUUGCGCUUGGUCCGGCGUGCUGACUGGCGUUAUUACGACCGCGCUGGACCCCCACCUCCACGGUCGACGGCGCGACGAUGUCGACCACUCUACUACCCCAAAAACGUCAGUACUGCUGACCCCAACAGGUGAAGCAGCGUCCGCGUUAUUGCAGCGCGAGGAGGAACAUCAAACUCGUCAAAUGGCAUCGACUAAAACAAGUAAAAGAUCCCAUCAGCUGCAGAGAGAAGUAGUCGCUACCAGCUCCAGCAGGUCUACUUCUAUGAAGAACGCCCAAGCUGCAAUACAAGCUGCUUCAGCAAAUAAAAAUACUACUAGAAGUGUCGGCUCACCCGAGGAGGGCACGACAAGAAGCGGAGCAACAAACGAACAGGUCGUAGUACAAAUGAGGACGAGCAACUAGGUUAACGGAACGACGACAGGAUCAGGCACUUCUUCUUUUUCUUCCACCUCCUCUUCCGUGGUGAAACCAGCGAGGCGACACUUGAUGUCGAUGCUGCGACAAGAGAAGAACAAGAAAAGCAGCAAAAACACCGGUCGGCGGAGGACAGAGGACGAGGUGCUCAUUCCAGCUGAAAUGCUGGUGGAAGCGAGUACCCCCCUGGAGUACCAAAACCAAGCGGGGCCGUUGAAGUACGAGAGCGGACAAGGCACAUCUUGGUCCGAAGGUGGCACCUGCAACGUGAUCGGGCCAACCAGCGCCACGGAAGUCCACCCGGAAGAUGGAUUGAACUGGUGGCGCGUGCAGUUUGCCGACGGGAAGCCGCAGCACCUGACCCGGCUCGAUCUGUUCAACCGGCACAACGGUAUCAACUGUAAAAAUGUCUGGGUCUGGAAGAAUUCAUGUUUGUCAUGCUUGUCUGGCAUGACUCUUAAAUCUGUCAUGCACGUUACCCAAGUUCUCCGUUUUUCUGUGAUGCAGAAGCACAGUUUGUCAUGCAGAAUAGGCAACACCUAGGAGCUCAGAAAUUUGUCAUGCUGAGCCAGCAUUAGUAGCCUCAUCAUGAGACGCCACCCAGCAUCACAAGUUUCCAGACCCAGACAUUUUUACUUUUGAUAAACGGCUACCGCGAUCGAUUGGACAGUGCCACGGUGUGGUUCGACCCGACUCUCCAGGCGGAUGAUAUGGCGUUCUCAACUGUUACAUUCUCAAGUGUUACAUGGAUUUGUAAUGCAAGAACAGCAAGAGUCAAGGUGGCAAGCUUGCUGCUUUCGCAUCACAGAUUCGGCACAGAUUUAGAUGCUGUUUGUCCCCUCGGAGUCGGAGAUUUGUCAUGCGAAGUAGCUUGAUCAUCUGGCGGCUUAUGGUAGUUUUGCAUGACAAAUCCAUGUAACAGUUGAGAAUGUAACAUUUGAGAAUCCCAUAGCGGAUGAGGAAGCCGUCGACGCGGCGGGGGCGGCUGAAAUCGGGAAGGAGCUGUACGCGAAGCUGCACGCCGGAAACCUCGAAGCGGGCAAAGACUACGUCCAGCUCGGCGCAGUUGCAUCCGGGCAGGAGGAGGGAACGCAAAGCAAGAUCGGCGCCGCGGAAGGCAGCUUCCCGGUGACGCAGCCGGUCAAACGAGUGUACGUACUCGCGCCGAUUCACCGACUACCAGCUAGUCCAAGUGGCAAUAAAUAUAAAUUUGGCUUAGACAAGCUUACCAUCUGCGGUGCCCUGCUGUACGCGCCAGCAUGGAGCCUGGACGCAGAAAACGCCCAGUGGCUGACGACCACCACCACAUCCACAUCCACAGCGAAAACGGAAGCUGCGAAAAUGGAAACCGACGACGGAGCGAACAAGUAUGGCGUUCUCAAACGUUAGAGUCUCAGCUGUUGCAUGAAUUUGUGAUGCAAGAACGGCAAAACUAAAAGGGGUCGUGACCUUGCGCGUAUUGCAUGACAGAUUCCUCGGCGCAGAUUCUCAGCCUGUUUGCCUCUUCGAGAAUUUGUCAUGCGAAGCAGCUUGAUCGUGUUAAUUCUGAUGUGAUUUUGCAUGACAAAUCAUGUAACAGCUGAGACUGUAACAAUUGAGAACGCCAUAACAAGUCCGCUGCCCGAAACAAGUCUAGCAGCCCGAUCGCCGCGAUUAAGUACCAUCACGACAACAAUGGCGAUGGCGUUGGGCUUCGCAGCGUUUUAUUGAGCAGGUUGGAAGCUGUGUCUGUGAGUGUUAGUACCUGCGCGCUUUGGUCGUUUUGGUGAUGGAUCGUUAGCUUAUUUAGCCGGCCGUGUUAGUUGUGCAAUAGUUGCCGAACUUACUAUUAUUGUUUGUCAGGACGAGUACUACUGGCAAGAACUUGGCAGGAGCUACACUGAAAGACAAUCAGAUUGAGGCCGCGAUGUGAGACGAUUGAGACUCGAGUCCUAUAAUAUUGUUUAAUAUUUCGAAACCGCAAGAAGUCCCACGACCCAUGUCGAUGUCGGCGCGCUUCUACUUCUUCAGAGUUCAUGGGGGUCGACGCUGCAACAGUCAAAAUCAUACAGCGACAUUCUAUAAAUAUACGCGAAGCGACAAGAGAUGACCAAUUAUGUAGCACUACGGAGACGAUUUUCACAUAUGAAUCGAAGAUGAACGUGAACAAUUCGCGACAGAUAAGAUCUCGUCGUCGACUCAUUCCAGC